AAAGCUAAAUUUGUUUUCCUCCGCUCCGAGAAUCUCAGGUCCCAACUCACCAAAAAAACCCUCUCAUUACCUCCUCCAUUCCCCCCUUCCAUCUCCGUCCUUCGGGGCUGCAGCUCCGUCAAGAUCGAAGGUCUGCCCUUCAUCUGCGGCUUCUCCUUCAUCGUCAGUGUUGGGCCUCAUUCCUUUUCCUUCGCACAACAGAAACCUUUCUGUUUGCACGGGAGAAACCUCUGUGUCUUCAUUCCUCUUCGCACGACUUCAUCUUCAUUUCUACCCCUUUUUCCUCCCCGCAACUCCCUUAGCCUCACAACUUUUGCUUUUUCACUCAGUGAACUCCAUGCUUUUGACCCAAGUGUGAAAGAAGGGUUUCUGUUGGCACCACGCUAUUGAUACUAGCAGAAACUAUUACCAUGUUUCUCAAGGUACAACUCCCUUGGAAUGUCAUAAUUCCUGCUGAAAACCUGGAUAGAAAAGGGUUGAUGCUCCAGAGGUCAAUAAUAACUCGCCUCUUAGAUGAGUUCUCAGCCAAGAAGGCUACAAAAGAUCUUGGUUAUUUUCUUGCAGUGACCACUCUAGACAACAUUGGAGAAGGAAAAGUUCGACAGCAAACAGGAGAUGUACUCUUUCCUGUACUUUUCAGCUGCAUCACUUUUAAGAUUUACAGGGGAGAGAUCUUAGAAGGGGUGGUUCACAAGAUUUUGAAGCAUGGGGUUUUCUUGAGAUGUGGCCCAGUUGAGAAUUUGUAUCUUUCUAACCAGAAAAUGUCUGAUUAUCGAUAUGUGCCAGGAGAGAAUCCAGUCUUCAUGAAUGACAAGCUGUCGAAAAUAGCAAAAGAUGUGGUCGUUCGCUUCCUUGUCAUCGGGACGAAGUACAUAGAGUCUGAGAAGGAAUUUCAGGCAGUUGUCAGCUUGGAGGGCGACUACCUCGGACCUGUUUCUUAUAUGAUUCUCAGGAAAUCUUUAUGGCCCUUUCUUGUGUUGUCUGAAGUGACUGAACUCAGCUUUGUUCAUAUUUUCUCACAUAGCAGUAAUAUGGAUCCGAAUUUGUACAAUUCUGCUGUGGAAGGCAAAGUUGAUGCCAUCCGUAGAAAUGCUCAUAAGCUCGGCAUCCAAGUCACUCCUGCCAACAACACUGCCGUCCACAUCGCCGCCCUGUUUGGCAAACACAAUUACAUCAUCAAAGCCCUCGGAGAGUGUGCAUGGCUUCUUUUCAAGAAGAACAUGAAUGGAGACACUGCUCUUCACAUUGCAGCUCGGGAAGGGCACCUGCGAGCUGUCGAAGCUUUGAUUGACUGCGCCAAGCGUGCUGCUGCCUGUCCUCAUCCUGAAGGCAAGCCUUCGGCAGUUGUGGGGCUGUUGAGGUUGAGAAAUGAGAAGAAAGACACUGCUUUGCACGUUGCUGCGAGGAAUCAAAACGUGGAAGUGGUUAGGAUGUUGAUAGAAGAAGAUCCUAAUUCCAGUAUGCAUCUUCCCAAUAGUGCUGGGGAAACUCCUCUUUAUAUUGCUGCUGAGAGAGGAUACCACAAAGUUGUGUCCGAGCUCUUGGAAGCCAAGGAACCAGCCUUCAAUGGCCCUGAUCGUAGAACAGCUCUGCAUGCAGCAGUGAUUUCCAACGACAAAGUUGAAGGUUGCACCAAAAUGUUAUUGGAAUGGAACAAGGAUUUGGCCAGGGAGGCAGACAGGUACGGCUGGACGCCUCUGCACUAUGCUGCGCGAUUUAACAGGAAACAAACGGUGAAACUGCUGCUAGAAUACAACAGUUCCAUUGCCUACCUCACCUCGCACGAAGAUGACAGGAAGACAGCUCUUCAUGUGGCAGCUAGUCAUGGAAAUAUAAGCGUAAUCAAGGAGCUUAUAUUGAAAUGCCCAGAUUGCUGGGAGAUGGUGAAUGGCAAAGGCCAGAACAUUCUUCAUCUUGCAGUGCAGAAUGAUCAGGAAGAAGCGACCGAAUUCAUCCUGAAACAUCCUCGUAUCAGCGGCCUGAUAAAGCAGCAAGAUGACGAUGGAAACACCCCUUUCCACCUGCUUGCUGUUACCGGCUCCAAAAUAAAGGAGCUCAUGUUUCACAGAAGUGUUGAUGAGAUGACCUUUAAUAAUGAGAACGAGACUCCCUUCGAUCUAAUGACAAUGCACUUGGAUCCACACAUAGUGGAUUCUGCCCGGGAAGAAGCCAAAAUAUCCCUGUUGGUGGAUUGGAUGAAGAAGAAACUAACAGAAGAAGCUGGAUUACAACAUGGUGCCAAGGCAGACAUGACGGAAGAAGUCGCUCCUCUCGGUUGGCGAAACGUGGUUAGGAAAGAUAAUGAGAUUUUAGCAAGCAAGAAGAAAGCUCAAGCAAGGGCAAAAGUUAUGAUUGACAUUGUGUGAUGACCGCCCGGGGGGGGCACUACCCCUAAGAAGCUGAAGACUCUAAGAGGGGAUAGCAAGCAUGUAAUGAACAUAUUCCUCUCACAUGCUAACAUUUCAAAUAAAUUACAACAAUAUUGCCAUCAUCUUUAUACUAAAAUU